CGAACCUGCGGCGCUGGGGGACCAAGGCGGAGGGCCGCUGGCGCGCGCCCGGGAUCAGCUUCCCUCGUGAUGUCUGGCCCCACCUGGCUUCCCCCGAAGCAGGUGACUGUCCCAGGCCAGCCUGGCAUCACGGUUUCUGCCCCAGCGCUCUGCAAGCCCCAGAAGAGUUUUGCCUCAGUCCCUGCUGCCCCCAAACCCGCCUACGGAGCUCAGGAGGCCAAUGGAACCAUGAGCGCCACGGGGCCGUCUCCUCGCUACCAGCCCCCGAUCCCAGGGCCUCCUUCCCUUCCCCAGGAUUCCACGGCUGAGCAUCAUUUCUCCUGUGCAAACGAGCGCCGCGGAUCAGCGGGCUCCUGGGGCAGCGUUUCUCCGCCCGGCUAUCCCCUGCAGCCGGGGGUCUCCCUGGACCAGGCCCCGCACCGUCCAUCCAGUAUCGACGUCCAGAUCGACUCGCUCACCAGCAUGCUGGCUGACAUGGAGGACGCCAGGAACCGCCGGGGCGAGAGGCAGAACGUGGACUCCACGCCGUAUCCUCCCGGCCUGCCACAGCCUGGGGUGGCCAAAUCGACAGCGUCCUACAAACCGGGCCUUUCCGGAAGCUUCUCUCCCGCCAAGCCUGCCGCCUUCUCCACCGACACCUACACCAAGAGCGGGCCCUACGGGGGCCCACCGUCGCCGGCAGCGUCUUACCCGCCUGCCUCGGGGCUGCCUUCUCAAUACGGGGCUCCUGUUUCGAGCGAUCCCUACGCCGCGGGCUACCACCGGGCGGCCGCAGCUCCCAGACCGUACCCCCAGCCCACGCCGGCCUCUUACGCCACGGCGUCUUCCUCCGCCGGCCCCCCAUUCAACGUCCAGGUGAAGGUGGCCCAGCCGGUGCUGGGCUACAACCAGCCGCGGCGCAGGGCUGAACAGGCCUAUGGGCCGCCGUCCCCCCGUCUGGGCUAUGGAGCCAAGCCUCCCCCGCAGUACGCCUCGGAGCCGGGGGUCAGAGGCCGGCCCCAUGACACUGAGCCGUGGUAUCCGGAGCCCCCCUCGUACGGCCGGCGGCUGGUCGAGGGGGAGUUCUACGCUGGGCCCGGAGGACACGCCAAGCUGGGGGCGCCGGUGGGGCAGUACCAGCCUGGGCUGAUCAAGCCAGGGAAGGAGGAGUUGGCCGUCGCCUCGCAGAUGCCGGCCAGCACCGGAGGGCUGAGGUACCAACACCAGGCUCCGCCGAGCCGCCCCGAAGAGGAGCUGGACCGGCUCACGAAGAAACUGGUGUACGACAUGAACAACCCGCCUUCUGGCGAAUAUUUCGGCCGCUGCGCCCGGUGCGGGGAGAACGUGGUUGGCGACGGCACGGGCUGUGUCGCCAUGGACCAGGUCUUCCACGUCGAGUGCUUCACCUGCGCCACGUGCCGCUGUCGUCUCCGUGGGCAGCCAUUCUACGCCAUCGACCGGCGUUCCUACUGUGAAUCCUGCUACAUCGUGACUUUGGAGAAAUGUUCUAUGUGCUCCAAGCCCAUCAUGGACCGGAUCCUGCGCGCCAUGGGCAAAGCUUACCACCCCCAGUGCUUCACUUGUGUCGUCUGCCACCGAUGCCUGGAUGGGGUCCCUUUCACCGUGGACGCCACGAGCCAGAUCCACUGCAUUGAAGAUUUCCACCGGAAGUUUGCCCCACGCUGUUCGGUGUGUGGAAACGCCAUCAUGCCGGAACCCGGGCAGGAGGAGACGGUGCGGAUCGUCGCUCUAGACCGCAGUUUUCAUAUCGGCUGCUACAAAUGCGAGGAGUGUGGGCUGCUCCUCUCCUCCGAGGGAGAAGGCCGGGGCUGCUACCCGCUGGACGGCCAUAUCCUCUGCAAGAGCUGCAGCGCGCGGCGGAUCCAGGAGCUCUCCUCCAAGAUCACCACGGACUGCUGAGGUGUGGGCAGGCAAGGGGAGCAGCCCUCUACCUCUCCUCUCCUCCUCCCCGCCACCUCCUCAAGCCUC